AUAUACUAUUUUGGCUAUAUGGCCUUCUUGAUGUCUUCAAUCGCCCGCCGUAGCGGCAGAAAACAGGAAGCCCUAGAGAGGGUUGCCGAGCUUGAAGAUGCCAUCAGGGAUGAUAUCCCUAGACGGAAGGACCCUGAGUUGCUAUGGGCCAUCCUCAACCUGUGGGAGCAACUGGCUAAUUGA